CUAAAUGUGCCACGAAAUAUGUGGAAGCUUGGAACUGAAGUCAAUCAGCAAGGACGUUGAACCUAUUUAUCUAUCUUUAUCAAAAUGACCAAUUAAUUAUGUGACCAGAAGUCACUUAAACGAUACACUCAGUAAUAAUACAAAAGAGGUUAGCAAAAUUAUCGAAGACAGUCAUUGGUAGACAUGUUCAUCAGAACAGGCUGAUAUAGCCUUUGAGUAAUGACUAAAUACUUUAUUUGUAUGCAAAGCAAGCUCUAAUGAUACUGUACAGAACGAUAAUGGAAAUUUCGCAAAUAAAUUAUUCAGCUCAGAGAACAUAGCGUAAUCUAAACUAAUCCACCUAAACUACAUAUCAUUUGCAUUACUUCGUAAUUAAAAGAUCAUUUAACCGAUAAUGUUAUUGACAAUAAUAAUUUAUCGAAACUUCGUUUAAAAUAUUACUCUUAUUCAAAAAUCUAACGAUGAAGUAAAAUCUAGAUAAAGAUGUAAUAUUGUGAAGAUCAAUUGAAUGGCAAAGAAAAAUAAUCCGUAAAAUGUAAUUAUUGCAUUAAAUUAUUACAAAAAGAAAAUUACAUAUGUACACACAUUACACAUGUUACGUUAUUCAGUAUUUCAUGUGUUAAAUAUGAAUGAAAAUAAAAUCAAACACCAAUCUCAUUCAUCAUUACCUAUAAAUACCAAGAUGACAAUGUCAUCAAAAGAAAUGAAUGCAUCCUAUUUAAUUCUUAAAAAUGAUGAUGAAAUUAAUGAAACUACUGUUAAUCUUGAACGAGAACUUAAUGAAAAGUUAACAUUGAAACAUUUAUUAAAUGAUUCAGAUUUUGUUGAUACUUCAAAUUUAGUAGAAUCAUCUGGAGUGAGUUUAAUUAAUGAACCACCUAAACGUCCAAUUAAAGGUUAUCAAUUAUUGAAAAAAAAAUUUCAUUUUACACGUGAAACAUUUACCGGUGGUUUAAAAAGAAAUAACAAUACUCAGAAUGCUAAAACAAUAACAAAAACAAAUAAUCCAAUUACCACUACAUCUAAUAAUAUUACUACUACUACUACCAUUAUUGAUAGUACUGUGACUCAUGGCAGUAAUAUCAAUGCUGACAAGAUUGGAAAUCAUAUGAACAACUUAUUAAAUACAUCUCAUGAUAAUAUAUCAACAAGAGAACGAUCAUCUAGUUUCAGUGUUAGAUGUGAAAAUUAUGAACCACGUUUAUCAAUCCAAUCAAACAAUAUUAGAAAUAAAAACAAUAAUCGUUAUUAUAAAAAUAAAAAUUCAAAAUUGAACAAUACUAAUAAUCAUGAACAAUCCUUAUUAUCUAAAUCACAAUUAAAUAUAAAACCAACUACUCAUUUAGAAUGUUUAAGUUUACAGUCAAGUCGUAAACAUAGUCAAAUAUCUUUAUGGGAUGUGCAAAGAGAUUAUCCUCGAAAUUUUUUGACGUUAGGUGGUAGUAUGCUAGGUGUAUCAGAUACUGCCAGUAUUAUUACAGAAGGUAUAAAUGAUCAUUAUACUGAUUUAAUUUCAGCAUUUCAUAAAAUCUUAAUUGCUGUCGGUGAAAAUCCAAAUCGUCAAGGUUUAUUAAAAACACCACAAAGAGCUGCCAAAUCUAUGUUAUAUUUUACUAAAGGUUAUGAAGAACGUGUCAGUGAUAUACUGAAUGAAGCUAUAUUUGAAGAAAAUCAUGAUGAAUUGGUAUUAGUUAAAGAUAUUGAAAUGUUUUCAAUGUGUGAACAUCAUAUGAUACCAUUUAUUGGACGUGUUUCAAUUGGUUAUUUACCAAAUAAAAAAAUUCUAGGUUUAAGUAAACUAGCUCGUAUUGUUGAAAUAUUCUCUCGUAGAUUACAAGUACAAGAAAGACUUACUAAGGAAAUUGCUACAGCAUUUACAGAAGCAAUAAACCCUAAAGGUGUUGGUGUAAUAAUUGAAGCUACACAUAUGUGUAUGGUUAUGCGUGGUGUACAAAAGAUCAAUUCAACCACAAUAACAACAACUAUGAUGGGUGAUUUAAAACACAAUGCUAAAUUACGUGAUGAAUUUCUUCAGCUUGCUGGAAGAAGAUAAUUUACACUUUGUUAUAUAAAAUUAUCAUUGAACUAGUUUUCUUUUGGCAAUGGCAGAAACAUCGCCAAUUAUUAUUUACUUAUCUAAUGAAUCCUAAAAUUCAAACAUGAUCUUUGUUUUAUUUUGUUUUUUUCUGUUUUGUGAAUAUUUGAUGAAACUUGGUUAAUUUUUAUUUAAAUUAAUUGAUUACAGUAUAGAUAAUA